CUCUCUCACCUGCCGGGCAAGCAAGCAGACGACGCAAAGCCGAAGGGAGAAUUCCUUUCGCGAGCGGCAAGCGAGGCAGACGUGUAGCAGGGGCCGCCGUUCAAGUCGUCGUUCUUCCAACGAUGCAGCGCGCUUCACCGACCGUGUCGAUCAUCGUCAACGGGUCACCGGUGCCGCUCAACGAGGCUCCGGUUGUGAACCCCUCUGUGACGUCUCUCGUGACCCCCGUUGUGACACCGGAGCAUCGAGAACAACAGCCGCAGACGACGACACCGGGCGUUCCGCACGUUGUGAGGGUGUCCGUUGGAAUACCGUCUGCUCCAGAGCCGGAUGAGCGCAGCAGCAGCGGAGCUUCCAGCGGCACCGGCAGUGAUGACGAGGCCCCCUACGACUCGGACUCCGGUGCCGAGAUGAAGUUCCACCUGCGCGAGCUUGAGGAUACCAGGGACGACGAGGACGGGAGCUCCGGGAAGACGUCCCUCGAGGGACCCGUUCUGGAUGCCGAACUAGCCAUCCUCUCCAGGCAGGGAACGGUGCGCGGAGUCCGGAAUCUCGUCAGGGCGUCCAUCAAGUGCAUCGCUGACUGCCAGGAGGGCAAGCGCAACUACAGCCGGGAGGAAGAGGGCCGCGUGGUGCUGUACACGACGUCGAUGGGCGUGAUCCGCAAGACGUGGGAGCAGUGCCGCCGCGUGAAGAACACCCUACAGACGCUGCUCAUCCGCUUUGAGGAGCGAGACGUCUUCAUGAACAGGACCCACCAGAAGGAGGUCAUGGACCGGAUGGGACUCGCCCACGUCGUCGUGCCCCAGCUCUUCGUCGAGGGACAGCACCUCGGGGGCGCCGAGAUGGUGGAACGCCUGAACGAGACGGGACAGCUGAGGCAAAUGCUCAAGCCUUAUAAGAAGUCUACCGUGGGCGGCACGUGCACCAUGUGUGGCGGAUUCCAGUACCUCCCGUGUCCCGUGUGCGGCGGCAGCAAGAAGUCCGCGCAACACCGGCACCGGUUCUCCUCCUCCAUCAUCUUCCUGCGGUGUCGCAACUGCGACGAAGGCGGGCUGGUCCGCUGCCAGCUCUGCAUCAACGGCGACAGCUGAGCCGGGCUAGCCGAGACCCCUUGGUCGGCCGUCCAACUGCGCGUACGCUCGACUCGGAGAGCGCGGAGUCAGCCUACGGUGCGCUCGUAUGCGACAGCAACGGUCCCGGCGAGCCGACGAACUCUUCUACCUCUCCCAGCGAGCGACAUCCCUCAGCAGAUGGCGCCCGGCAACAGACGUCUGGUGGAAUCACCCAGUGCAGAAGGACCGUUGGGGUUCAGUGGUGACAGUGGACAAAGAACGGUUCCCACUGGUGUGUAGCCUACAGGUGGUACGAAACUGGACGCUCGAGGUGCCCGGACAUUCGUACGCUGUGUGGGACAAAGCAAAUUAGUGUCGGGACGCUUUGAAAGAAAAAAUUACUUGGCGUGGUUUUUAUUUGCAUUUUGACAGAGAGUGUCAUGGCUGUGGUCGCUUGGCCUGUGGUACCAUCACGGUGGAAGAAGCACACUGUGGGUACCAUGCAAGGUCCGCGUGAGGUGGCAUGUGUGCCUUACAUGACUUGGAGCCUGGCAAGCUUAUUUGGUACGCGUGAAACUGCCCUCUGUGGCCUGGGGAAGCGCGGGUUGACAGCCCCGCGUUCUUAUCAAAGACAUUCCAGUGCGUCUUGAUUACGAAUGGCAGAUCGUUUUUGUGUGUACAGUGCCGAGGUUUAUUUGAGUGACGUUGCAAACCCCAGAAUGGCAACAAUGUCCCGGUAUACGGUCCCACCACACCUCGGAAGACCGUGAAAGGAGUUUGGCGCUCUAAAGUUUCGGCCGUGCUUGGAAGAAACUCUUCACUUUCUCUUGCUGAGUUAUUGAGUGUGGUUAUAUGAGCGGAUGUCUGAUACAUUGUUCGUACGCGUGGUUUUGAUACAGGUAAGCUGGCUAACUCGUGCCCUUUUUUUAUUUGCUCAAACUAUCGCCUCCUUUCUAAGGGCCCUUACCACGGUGCGCCUGUUUGGUCGUCGUGUUUGAGUAUGAAAGCGGUGAGAGCGUUCUUAACCUGAAGGUCCUUCGUGCGCCUGCUGGCUUUGUACGUGACAAAGUUGCUCACGGGUUGUCUUUAUCCGAGCACUAAAACGUCCCAGGUGGCCUUGCAGCUGUGAUCACCGUGGUUAGGCCUCUUGAGCCUGUUCCUUUCUUUGUCUUUCCUUGUGACGAUUGCUGUAGGCUUGAAUUUCUAUUAAAUAUAGACGGAUUAUUUACCACAAAAA